GGUGGUGGCGGUGAUUUUGCGCGAGUGUUUACCGUUCCUGUGGUGUGUGUCACGCUACUGAAAGCCUUCUCUCUCUCCUUCUGCGAUUCUUCGGUGGUCGCGAUCUAUUUACCGCGGGAAAAACGAUGUCGGGAUACCGCAAGGUAAACUAUUACGAAUUGUGUCGACUGUGUGCCAGCAGCGAGGGUAUCAAGAUGAAUAUUUUUCGCGAUGAAGGACGCAGACUGCAAUUGCAAUCGAAAAUACAGAUGUUUCUACCGAUACAGGUUAUGGAGGAGGAUUCAUUACCAAAAAUUGUAUGCCAUGAAUGCGUCAAGAAGCUAGAGAGUUAUAUAGAAUUCCGAGAUACUGUGAUCAAUGCGGAGGGUAUGUUGGAGUCUUAUUUCACCUCGCUGCGUUUCUCCGAGGAUUUUUUGAAAGAAGGGAAGGUUUACGUAAAGAAUACCGAAAAGGAAAGACCAUCCACACCAGAGGAUGAGACUCUGAAGUCAAUGGAAAAAGUGCCAACACCAGUCGGAAACCAAAUAAUCAAUAAUCAACAAUCAACAGAUCAAAUACAGCAUCAGCAACCUGUCGUAGUUAGCAAUAUAAACACUUCUAAUAUACAAAUCAUCAGUGGUGUCCAAGCAAGAGUGCAGCAAUACAAAUGUGCCAUGCAGAUGCAACCAGGUGGUAUGGCAGCUGCUGUCGUUGAAGCUACAGCAGAGACUCAUUAUAGUUAUCAACAACAAACUUCUCAAGUAUCGUCACAACAAUCAAACGAAGCGCAAAAUCAAAUCAGCGACCAGCAAAAUCAAUCUCCCGCAAUUCAGCAGCAAACGCAGAACCAAAUACAGAAUCAUAACCAAAUGAAUCAGCAAGUGCAAUCUCAACGAGCAAUUCCUCAACAAUUGAAUCAGCCGGCACAAUUGUCUCAACAACAGAAUCAAAGCCAAGUCAGUCAGCAGGUGCAGGGACAGUCGCAGAUAUCACAGCAGCUUCAACAGUUACAGAGGCAACAACGUGAAUUUGAAAAACAGCACAGGCAACUUCAACUUGAAAAGCAGCAAGUGCAAAUUGUAACGCAACAAGAAUUUUCAGUAAAACAAGAAACACCAGUGGUACAUCAAAAUAAUAAUGUAGUUCUGAAAACUGAAGCGGACAUGGAACCAAAUCAGCAAAUUAUGCAAAAAAUACAAUCCGAGGUCCGAAAAGAUGAAUCUCCUAACCCAAAUGUACAAACUUAUACUACAGUACAAGCAACGCCAGAAGUAUUUUUAAAUUUGGAUUUCAAAGAAAGUUCACUGACAUCGGUUCGAGAAAAUAAAGAUUUUAAAGAAUUUGCAAAAACUUCAUCCGACGAUGGAAUGUCUCGCAAUUCAAUCGAACAGAUAAGAGAAUUUCUAAGGCUCAGGUCAGGAUCGGAGCCAGCUUCUCUAAUCACUGUGAAUCCUCAAGGCCUUUCACCGGCUGUAAGGAAUACUGUUUGCCGCGACUGUGGUAAAAGCUUUUCCUCAUUCAACCAAAUGAGCAGUCAUAAUUGUAGUGUUGAGACACUUAUGAGUGAACCAUCGGAUGCUGGAAGUAAAGAUGAUUCUUUACAAACUAAUGUUAACUCCUUCAAUUGUGACAUUUGUAGUAAGCCAUUUAAGAGGAAAGAGCAUCUCUUUCAACAUCGAAAAUUGCAUACCGGUGAACGACCGUAUGUGUGUACGACGUGUACAAAAGCAUUCAGCCGUAAGGAACACUUGGUUAGACAUUCGGUAUCUCAUACCGGACAAAAAAUGCACGAGUGUGAAUUGUGUGGUAAAAGUUUUUCACGUAAGGAUAAUCUACAUAAACAUCGAAAAACGCAUGGUGUAUCUGGUCCUUAUAUUUGCGAAACUUGUGGGAAAUCAUUUGUUGUAAAACAUUAUUACGUGAUGCAUUUAACUACUCAUGCCGUAGCUGUUAUGGACGGCAUAAAUUGCCCAGAUCCAUUGCCAUAUAAAUGCGAUAUAUGCCAUAAAGCAUUUUCAGUAAAACAGUAUCUCACUACGCAUAGACUUAGACACAGAUCAAAAAAUAAUAACUCUGCACAAAAUAAUUUAAACGGGCAUCAACAGCAACAAUCGAACGCCACGGAUAAUGUGAAUGUAGUGACAAAUAAUGUUAGCAAUACUGGAAAUUUAAAUAAUAAUGGGCAAUCAAGCAACGAGUCAACUGUCGAAAUGCAAAGCGUUAUUGAACGAAACGAACAAGCUAAUGGAUCAUUCGCUAACACUCAGUAUCAUACUAAUAUGCAAGAAUUUCAAUGAGAUAAGGGAAAGCGUGUCUAUUAUGUUCUCUUGCCAAAUGGUAACAACCAUAAGAUCGUGGUUGUAUAAGCAAGAGAAACUUUACGACGCGCUAAAAUAUUUUCUUAUAGUUUUGUUCUUGAACGAACGUGAUUUUUGUAUUUUAAUACUACAGAAAUGAGAAUCAAAGUGGUUAUUUUGACAAAUUAGAUAUUUUGAUGUAUACACAUCAAACAGAAAGUAAAUCUGUUGAAUAUUUUAAGAAUUCGUCAGGCAGAACGAUGUAAAUAUAUUUUGUCACCAAAACAUUAGCUAUAUGGAAUGCAUAUUGUAAGUUUUAAAUGAGUAUUCAUUCGUAUCUUAUUGAUAUUUAAAACAAAAUGUAUUAUUACUACUUGUCUACAGCAUUCUGUGUACAGGUAUAUUAAUACUUAUGUGUAACAUUCUGUAUACGAGUAUUUAAACUUCAACAGCAAAAGAAUGGAAUCUAAUUCUGCAAAAUGUAAUAUGUACAUUGUACAUCAAAAUCACAAAUCUGUUUGAAAUUACGAAUCUUGUUAAUAUAUUUAUUGUUAUUUAAUUCGCAGGCUAGUAAAAUGAACUAAAUUAAUAUUUAUAUUUAUUGAUGUAUUUCUGAAUUUAACAGACUGGUGCAGAGACGUGAGUAAUCAAAAUUUUGACAUCAAAUUUGAUAUAAAAUGAAAUCAAAAUGUACAAGAAUUUGAAAGAAAUUGAUCUUCAAGACUCUCUUCUAUAAAGUUUUUAAUGAUAACUGUUUACUUAUUUUAUUCAGCUUCGUUUUCCUGUAUUUGUCAUAUUUUAAAUAGUAUGUGUAUAUUUUUAUACUUUUGAGAAAGAAAGAGAGAAGAAAUGUAGAAAAUUCAAUUAAAAUACAUGUAUCAAGAUUUUGGAAUAAUUUGGAGGCAAUAAUAUCUGAAACGUGGGAAAAAUGAAAUUAUUUCUAAUCGCUAAUUGAUAAAGUGAUAUUUUAUAUAUUGGAUCAAUUUUAUAAUCGAUCAUUAAUUUUAUCAAUUUCAGAUACGAUAUUCAAACUGGAUUGCGAUUUUGAUGUCUAGCAUUACCAUUGAAAAAAAUUAAGUCUUAUUGUUUUGUGAUACACUAUAUUUGAAAACAUGAUCAUAUUGUUAUGGUUAUGAGGUUGUUUCAGUUUCUGACAAAAUUGUCGUAGGUCAUUAUAACAUAUAGAAAAUUUUUGAUCUAAAAACUAGAAAUUAGGAUUUCAAUAACAUUAGCCAACUCAUGAUACAUCAAAUUUCCAAUUUCUCGAACAUACAUAUUGUUAUAUGUAAAAAUUUUCGAUUAAAACGUGUAUAAAAUCUAUAUCUGUUAGAUUACAGUAAUUGCAACAAUCUCUAACUAUUUAAAAAAAUAUAUAGAAAUAUAAUUUUUAUGUACACUUAGAAUGUAAAACGAAAAAUCAGACCAAAGAAAUUUCUAUUACGUUUAUAUAUACAUAUAUGUAUAAAUAUGUAUGUGCGUGUGCGUAUGCAUGUGUAUAUAUGUAUCUGUGUGUGUGUGCACAUAUGUUGUAUAUGAUUUAUUUAUAUUUAUAUAAAAUAGAUUGAAAGAAUCAUAAAUAAUGAUCUAGAAAUAAUUUGAGACUGGAAGUUUGCGUACCUCUUGCUUAAUCUUGCGAUUUGAACAAUUGGAGAGCUAUCUUGGAAAAGAGUAUCUAUUUGUCCACAAUUUCGAUUUCAAACAACUUCUAAUAAUCACUAUUUCAUACGAAGUAGUUUACCGUAUUAUUAUGUACCAAUAGUAAUUACAAAUUUAAUUAUUUUAUUAAUGUAAUCAAUAAUGAGAGAGAGAGAGUUAAUUAUAUUUUUUCUGUAAGCACUAUGGCCAUAUGCAGUGUGUGCAAUAAAAUUAUACGCGCAACAUAGCUUGUGCAUAAUGUUACUUAUAGAUAAUGAUUUCAUGUGCAAUAUAUAAAUUAUCGACAAUCGAGAUUGAGGACAGUUUUAUGUAAGCAAACAACAUUGUUGGAAGUAAUUUUAUUGACAAACUUCCCAACUUCUAAAGUACACUUAUUAAUUAAUAAAAAUAUGCCGCACAUGCACAUGCAUGCACACAUGUUUACACAAUUUUCGAGAAAAAUUACAGUAUAAUCUCGCUAAUCUGGCACGUCCAAUAAUUCAGCACUACUCGCGAGCUUUCGCAGCCCCCUACACGUUAUGUACAAUGAGAUCGUAAGACAUAAGAUUUUAGAAAUUGACCAAUCGAAUGUGAAGCGAAUAAUCGACUGCGAUCACAGUUUUAAAAAAGACAAACAUCCAUUAAAGUAUAUUUUUCUAAACAAUAAAUUGUUUUGUACCAAAUUUUAGAACGAAAUACAUAAUUAUGUGUACUUCUUUAUUUAAUAUAAGUUUAAUUAUAUACUACGAUAAUUUUACAUAUUAUUUUAUUUAUAUGUCCUAUGUUUCAUACAUUCCAGUUAUUCAGCGAAUCCAUUAAUCCGACACUGGUUUUCAAUAAGCUGGAUUAACAAGAUUAUACUGUAUAUAUCAUUUUUUCCAGGGUAUAUAUUCUUUUUGUAUCUUUGCGCGCGCAAGCAUGCACACAAAAUGGCACAAUAGAUACAGAUCUGUAUUACUGUAGAUAAAAAAAAAUUAUCUUUUGCUUUUAGCGAAAUUUCCGAAAAUACAUGUCUUUUGGACGUUUCAUUUUUAAAUAUAGCACAUCGCAUUUAUUAUUUCUCGUUUCAUGAUGGAAUAAUUAUUUGUGUAAAAAAUUUUGGCAAUUCUACUAUAAUUAAGCCUAAUAUUUAUAUAUUUGUAAAAUCGUAAGAAAUCUUAUAUAUGCGCGAGUGUAUACGUAUAUGCGCAUGCACAUAAGAGCGUAUCUGUAUAUAUGUAUGUGUGCAGUAACUUAGCUUAAUCCAUAGACGUAAAUUUAGUAUAAAUAUAGUUAUUUUAGUAUUAUAUAUUUAUAUGUAUAUGUAAACAAAAUGUUCUUUAAGUCUGCAGGGCGUUAUUCACAUACCCGCUUUCAGUAAAGAGAACAUAAUUGUCUGAUAGAAAAAUCAAUUUCAUGUUGAAAUUAAUAAUUAUUCGGCCAUUUAAUAUAAAAUGUGGAAUGUGAAUAUGUGCCUAUAAUGUUUCCAAAUUAUCGGACAGAAUAAGAUUUAGAAAAUACGUAUUAUAUGUAUAUUAAUUCCAUAUUUAUUAUAUAAUAAUGGCAAGUGUAUUUUAUAUAGCAUCCGGCAAGAUUAAUUUUAUAAGUUAAGGGCACACGAUGUUAUUUUACUUGCCUGCUAGAUUGCUGAGUACGCCUCUGAUGAUUGGUGCAAGUUAAUCAAGAUGCAGCGUUAUAGAUUAGGUGACUUGAGGCUUCUUCUUGAUUAGCACUCACCAAUCAGCAGUGGAGCACGCAAGCAAUCCAGCAGGCAAGAUAUAGCAUCGUAUGCCGCUGGCUUUAGAAUAAGAAGGAUCUAAAUCAUAAAUUUCAAGCAUUACGUAAGUAUUUCUGUGUAACUAAUUGUUUUUCCAUAUUAUUUGGCUCUUUAUAAAUACACAUUUGUUAACAUAAUUUUUAUUAAAAAUUGCUUUUAUAAUAGUUAAUAUUUAAAUGCAUAUGGAACUUUAAAAAUCUCUUUCAGAGUAGAGAGAAGAAUUUUUUAACGGUUUAAUUUUUUGUUAUAUACUACAGUUUUUGUACAUAUUAAAGGAGAAGUGAUGAUUUUAAGACUGUAUCUCUAUAUCACCUAGAUUUAGGUGUGUGUUGGAAAUAUAUAGAUCUAUAAUGAUAUAUUGUACAUACAUAUAAAACAUACUGUGUUUCUGAUGCGACUGUAUUUUCUGCAUAGUAUAGGAAUAUAUAUAUAUAUAUAUAUAUAUAUAUAAAUUUUAAAUCUACAAAUUAAGAAUUGCAUCCAAAGACAUACAGCAAGUUUAUUAUUUUUAAAAGAACUUAUCUUAGAUAAGUUAUGCUUAUUUACUGCGGUGUUCAUUUAUUAACUAAAAUCUUGAUUGUAGAUGUAUAUAAAUUUUUAUCAAUGGUUCCUUGCUUUGUAUAGUUAUAAUAAAGAAAACACAAUUUUUCUUAAGAACAAGAAUGUAAUUAUUUUGGUAUAUUGAACAAUAUA